AUAAAGAUAAUUAGCUGGAAUUAGUACCCAGCUAUUGGGUCCACAAGUGGGUCCUAGCCACACAAAAGCAAGCCACAUGGCAUAGCUUGAUUUUGCCGGCCCAUACAUUCCUAUUUCCCCUCUCUUCAAAACCCUCUAUCCUUUGAAUGCUCGCUCACUCUCAACUCAAUCCAACUCCAUCGCAAUCUCUCUGCCUCUCAUCAAACAAGUUCCAUAUCUCCACUAGAGGGUGGCCUCACCACCACCACCUAUGGCCACCGCUUCGCCAGCUGUGGUAGCCGCCUCGACCGACACGAGCCAACCAUGUGCCGACGACUCGGCCGACGACCUACGGAGCCUCAGCUUCAAUUCUGCAACGACGGCAGUUGAUACCGUAAAACGUAGCCCGAGCUCGGGGUCGGAGACGACGUGGACCGCCUCGAGCAUCUCCAACUCGUUCGUCAAGCCCCACGCGCCAUCCGACGACCCGCGCUGGGAUGCGAUCCGGCGCCUGAGGAAGGCCCGCGAUGGCUCCAAGCUCGGCUUCGACGACCUCCGGUUCAUGUACCGGCUCGGGAGCGGCGACAUCGGGAGUGUGUACCUGGUGGAUCUGAAGGGCGGCGGUGAGUGCAUGUUCGCCGCCAAGGUGAUGGACAAGAAGGAGCUGGCUGGCAGGAACAAGGAAGGCCGGGCAAGGAUAGAGAGGGAGAUUCUGGAAAUGUUGGACCAUCCCUUUUUGCCCACCCUCUACGCCACGUUGGAUUGUCCGAGGUGGUCUUGCCUGCUGACCGAGUUCUGCCCCGGCGGGGACCUCCACGUUCUCCGGCAACGGCAAUCAGUGAGGCGGUUCGGUGAAUCGGCUGUCCGGUUUUAUGCAUCGGAAGUGGUGGUUGCACUAGAGUACCUACACAUGAUGGGGGUCAUCUACCGCGACCUCAAGCCCGAAAACGUCCUCGUCCGAUCGGACGGCCACAUAAUGCUCACGGACUUCGACCUUUCGCUCAAGAGCGACAACCCCGCAUCGACGGCUCAGCUUGUCUCCGGUCAGGACCCGCAAGCUGGGGGCCCCACCAGUGACAACCAGGCCGAGCCCCCUCCGUUCGCCGACUCAUCGUGCAUCAUCCCCAGCUGCAUAGUCCCCGCCGUGCCGUGCUUCCACCCGAAGCGCAAGCGCAAGAAGAAGCCCAGCGCCCGAGGCACCCUUGAGAUCGUGGCCGAGCCGAUCGACAUCCGGUCAAUGUCCUUCGUCGGGACCCACGAGUACUUGGCGCCGGAGAUCGUGCUGGGGGAGGGGCACGGCAACGCGGUGGACUGGUGGACGCUGGGGGUCUUCGUCUUCGAGAUGUUCUACGGGGUGACGCCCUUCAAGGGGAUCGACAACGAGCUGACCCUGGCCAACAUCGUGGCCCGGGCCCUCGAGUUCCCCAAGGAGCCGUCGGUCCCAGGGCCGGCGAAGGACCUGAUGGCGCAGCUCCUGAUCAAGGACCCGGCGAGGCGGAUGGGGUCCACAAUGGGGGCCACGGCCAUCAAGCACCAUCAGUUCUUUGAUGGGGUCAAUUGGGCAUUGCUAAGAUGUACUAAGCCACCCUACACUCCAAGGCCGAUUGAUUACAAGGACUUGGUGAAAGCGGAUAGCAGCGCUGAUAAUUCAGUAGAGUAUUACUAGGGAAAUCAAUUAAGGAGGAUGUAAUUUAAGCAAAUCCUAAGCUUGUUUCUCACACUUUCCACAGCUCAGACCGUGCACGAGUCAAAUCACAUUGGGUAAAGCAUGCCUUGGAUGCCAA